AUGCUUCUAUUAAAAGUAUUGGACGUGAAGGAGGUGUCGGAAGAGGUGGAUGAAAAAGAGGAGAAAGAAGAGAAAGAAGAGGAAGAGUUGGGAGAGGAUCGAAACGAGUUUGAAGACAUCUGCCCCUUCCCUUGGCAAACCCACGAGCAGAACAUCCUCUCUACUUUUGCGCAAUGCCGAGAGUUCGAGCACGAGGGGGUGAAGUGUACUCCGCAUGAUCCGAUCGAGUGUACAGGGAGGAAUCCGGCAUGCGUUUAUUCGAAGCUCUCCGAAGACUAUCGCUGUUGCUCGGACGUACCCCAGGAUCUGAGUAGUCCUCCCGGAGUACCUGAGCAAGUUAAGCCAAUUUGUCCCUAUGGUGCUACUUCUUACGAUAUACCCUCCGUGUUACUUUGCGAUCCAACGGAAGAAAAAUCGUGUCCCGACGAGUAUGCCUGCGAGCAGGCCGUAAACAGUCAAAUGCUCUCCACCUACAAUAUGCAUUUGUGCUGCAAAUCGACAGCGCUGGAUAGUUUUGAAAAUGUGUUCUACGAAACCAAAGUCGGCAUCAACAAGCUGUCAGCCAAUUUUUCGAUGCCAGUUUUCUAUGUCACUUCACUAUCCCCUUCGCUAGUUCCCCAGGCGCCAGGGGCUGGCAUUGAUUUUAUGACCCUGAAUGAAUACGUAAAAAACCCGACCGGAAACCCGUUGCCCGAAAUCCGAACUGGCGAUCACUUUUCGAUGCUGAACUAUCGCUUCAGGGAACCGGUGACGUUGAAAAAGGUAGCCCUCCUGCGAGACCAGUUCCCAGGGUCGUUCCAUCACGUCUUGUUGCUCUACAACCCUCACGGAAACCCGGAAUCCAUGAACUUUUAUUACAAUCGGCCAUCAACUUUGAGUCGUGAGGUCGACUUAUCCGUACCCCCAUGGGAUGAAGGCGUGUUUUUCAGAAGCAUCAAUCGGGUGAUGACGAUCACCAAUGACAAGGUUUCGACAAAACAAACCAGAAAACUUUACAUAGUUCUGGUUUUCAAAACGAAGCAAAGACUGACGAGACGGCAUCCGCAGACUUGGCAGGAUCUUCACGCAAAUUACACCUCGUUCACGGAAUUCCUAUCGACAGCCACGGGAAAAUUACUUGGCACGCCGGAGGCUGGAUCGUAUUUUUACAUCACAAAG